AUGACGAAUUCAGCUAUAUAUACCGUAUUCACGUCUCCGCAUCAUGCGCCGAUGCCGAAUCACUUGCCAACGUUGAUUGUUACUCCUCAUGGUCAACCGAAUCAGAUACUGUAUACCUAUUUGCAUACCGAAGAGAAUCGAGUCAACUACCUCCUCACCCCUUCUCCUCAAGGUGAUUUAUGCGUCGCCAAGCUCUUUCCCCCGGCCCGACCAGGUCAACCAGGCCAUUCUUCCUCAUCCCUUCCUACAGUCAAUAACAAGCAACCACAUAACGUCGUGCGAUGCGAGGCAUCGAGGGAUCUGAGAUGGACAAUAGAGAAUACAGGUGUAAUGUCCCCGAUCUACAAGAUAGUGAACCAAGACGAUACACCUUUAUACCAAAUUUCGAAACCCAAUCCAAAUGCUGAGUUCUGGACGAUGUUUUACUUUAAAUAUGCUGGUCAUCAGAUUCCCCCUAAGAGAAUUGAGUUCGGUAAAGUUGCCAAGAACCCACCUGAAAAGGGAGGUGGUACCAGAAUAACUGUCACUGGUAAGACGGAAGAUGAGAAGCAAGUUUGGCAGACAUUGGGUGUAGGGAAUGAGGAUUGUGUGGAAUGGGUUGUUUGUUGCGCUUGUUUAAAUUUGUUAGAUGAUCAAAUUCUUCAAGCUGCUGAGAAGAAAGCUGGUAUACUUGGACCUGCUUCCACAGCCACCGCACCAGCUGCCACCUCAUCACCAGCAUCUACGUCCAUGCGACCCAAUCCUGGACCCUUACAGCGAGUCCCUCCAUCCAACGGACCUAGAUCGGGUGGACCUGGACCGGGAAUAGCAUCAUCAUUGCCAUCGAGAAGUGGACCGGGAAUAGCUUCCUCAGCACCUCCUGGACAACAGCAUCCUGCGAGCAAUUUAGCCCAAACGUACAGGAAUAACCCCAACUUGCGUAAUCCACCUCCUCAACAGGGUAAUUAUAGAGGUCCACCUCCGCCACAACAACAGCAACAGCAACAGCAAAUGAGAGGUGGUCCGCCUCCUCAACAAGGUCAGAGAGGUUAUGCUCCUGUGGGUAAUGGAAGAAGGUUUUAG